ACAUCCAACACCUGAACGAACAACCACGAUGCAGGCAGCACGACGACUGUUGGCAGGCGGCCGACGCUUUGCGUCCACCCAUGUUGCUGAGAGCGCUGGCAAGCACGACGAGUCCAGCUUCCUCACCUACAAGUUUGGCUCCCUCCUCGCGCUGCCUCUCCUCAGCUACAUGUUCUACAAGCAAGUCAUUGCCGCGGAACACAUUGAACCACCGCCAUUCGUUGACUACGACCACCUUCGCAUCCAGAAGAAGAAGUUCCCUUGGGGCGACGGCCGCAAGUCGCUCUUCUACAACCCCCACACACAAGGAACGCCGGAGGAGCAUCACGAAGAGCACACCUCGGAGGAGCAGGGCUCCUUGACCAAGGCGAUGGCCGAGCAUCUUGGGUCGCGCGGGCAGGAGGAGAUUCGCAUGCAGCACGUGGCUGCGGUGCGUGAGGCCGGUGCAAAGGUUGUCCGCGGCGACACUAUGCCCGUCUUCACCUCCCCACAGGUGCUUCCCGAGAACCCAAAGGCGUUCCACGAUCCAAAGCGCAGCUCCUAGCGCCGCCAGCUGUCAUUCCACCCCCUUCUUCCCAGAUGUCGUGACAAUGUGAUUUCCUGGGGGGGGGGAUGGUGUUUUUGCUCUUGCACGUGUGCAUGUGUUUAUGCGUGCGUAUGUGUGUUGAUGUGUUUUGUGUUGUUGUGUUUAUGUGUGUGUGCAUGUGUGCAGUGGUCUUGUUGACUUGUUUUGCCAAUGUCAGUGCAGGUCGUGGUGUAUUUGGUCGUGAAUUGAAGUGUUCAAUGUGUCUCCUUCACCCAACAGGCCAUUGCCACACAGAGAGACAGACAGACAGAGACAGAGAGAGGGAUGCUGUGCAGCAUCACUCCACCUACACAGUCAAAACACGUGACAUCAAGAGCAGCACCAACGCAGCAGUGCAACAUACACGUAAUGCAACAGAACAACAAACAGAACAACAAACAGAACAACA